AUGGAGGAGCUCCACGAGCAACCAGGCACCUUGACUGAGGGCAAGCCCAAAAAGGUGAGGUUCAAGCUGGCCUCGUCGUACAGCGGCCGGGUCCUGAAGCAUGUGUAUGAAGACGGACAGGAGCUGGAUAGUCCAGAGGAGCAGUACCCUCACAGCUUCAUGCACUCCAAGAUGGAGAUGGGACAUCUGUGUGGCUUAGAAGACAUGCAGGACCAGAGUUUCUUUCCUCCGACAGGCCUGAUUGCCCAGAGGAUAAACGUCUAUCGAGGAGUGAAGGGAUACAAUUCCCUGGCCUGUGGAGAUCUUCCACAGGAUAAUAAAGCACCCGUAUUAGAUUUUGGAAAGAUUAUUAUCUACACCAGCAACCUGAAGAUUAUCCGAGCUCCUCAGAGAAAGGGAGAGUCUGGAAGGAGUCCUCACCGCAAUCAUGACCGAAAAGAGAGUUCACCUGGACGGGAGACCAGGAGCAAAGGGAGACGUAGAACAGCACGUUCCCAUGCAGAGGAACCAGAUGUAAUGACUGAACAAAAGCAGGAAUCGGGCUCAUGUGGACAGUGUGGAGGUUCAGGUUGUGCGCCGUGCUCCCUCUGUCACGGAAGCAAACUGUCCAUGCUGGCCAACCGCUUCAAUGAGUCAAUCAGAGAGCUGCGCUGUCCAGCGUGCAACCCCCACGGCCAAGAGCGGUGCCAGUCCUGCACUCACUAACACAUCUACUGACGCCAAGCUGUGCCGGAUGGAGAUCAGACCCUUUGAGGUGUGAACCAAUGUGCAUUUUGGAUUAGUGCGUUAAAUAUAAGAGCUUGAGGGGGGAGUGGGCUGCUGGAAAGAACUGCAAUGAACCGCAAAAUCCCAUGCUACGCCACUGGAUGCAAAAUGUUCAGUUGUAAUAAUGUAUUAAUGA